AUGCUCCUGUGGCUACUCCUGUUGCCAAUCUGUGCGGCCACAACAAGCAGUUCGGCAGAUAUCUCUAUCGAACGUGCAGCUCAAUCUCAUGAAGUUAGAACAACGCUUAAAAAAUUUGAGUCCGAAUCCGUGACGACAAAAUUCCGUGCCGCUCCUCCGACCAUCGCAAUGAUGCAACGCGAACGCGAAUUUGAUGAAGCCCCAAGGACCACCACGACUGAAAGGCCGACAACAACCAAAGACCCAAUGCUCGUCGACCUCGAUGGCCCGAGGCCAAGUUCGACAAGUUCAGGCGGUGUCAAGAAUCAGGAGCGCAAGCACCAGGGAGACCCGAAUUUGAUCGAUAUCGCGUUGAAUGAGCCGGAUGUUGUGAGAAUUGCUCCAAACCCAGACGUCGGACCGCAACACCCGAUUCCUGGCAGCGUACCACAAAAUCAAGCCGGCUCAUCAAUCCCCGAAAUGGGUGUAGGUCCGCGGCCGGAAGGGCGCGUCGAAAGCUGCUACUCCGGCUUCAGCCUGCUCAACGGCGAGACCGUAGCCACUGGGACACAGCAAUGUGACGAAAUCGGCGACUAUUGCUAUAACGCCACCAUCCAUGGCCCAGUCGUCGGCUCCAUCGGCAAAGCUGGAUGCUCCACCUCGCGUUGCAAGCUCGCCGGCGCCCAAAAUCGGUGCGUCGACGUGGAGAUGAUGGGCUACAAGGUCCAUUUCUGCUGCUGCAACACCGGAAAUCUGUGCAAUUCAAAAUAUACGAACUUGAACGUCAUCGAGAAGGGCAUCGAGCAGAUCAAAGACGGGUUCAAGUUUGUCGACAAGAUCCUCGACAUGGUGGGC